CCGGGCCACCUCGGGCCACCCGUCGCGUGACUCCCUGCUCCGGACCAUGGCGGCGGCGGCUUGGGGCCGGUGCCUCCCUCGGGCGUGGCUCCGCAGGUGGGGCCCCGACUGCCCCCGAGCCCCAAGGGCGGCCGGGGCUCCCCCACUGACGCGCCGCCCCUCGCUGUGGUGCAGGAGCGCGGGCCCGGGCCGCGGCCGUCACUACCGCGCCGCACUCUGCGUGGAGCCCAAGCAGCCCCUGGCCGUCGAGGAGGUGGGCCCCCGGCCUGUCCGGCCUCACGAGGUCAGGGUUGAUGUCCAUUUCUGUGGAGUUAAUUUUGCUGAUGUUUUGGUCUGUCGUGGUCAGUAUCAGGAAAAACCCCAACUUCCUUUCACACCUGGAAUGGAGUUUUCUGGGAUUGUAUUGGAGACAGGCGCAGAUGUCAGCACAGUGAAAGAGGGAGAUCGAGUUAUUGGCGUGAGUGGCUUUAAUGGUAUGGCUGAAGAAUGCAUCAUUGACCAAAAGACACUGUGGCAGAUUCCAGAAGGAGUCUCCCUCCGAGAAGCCUCUACCCUGCCUGUAUCCUAUGGCACUGCUCUUUUGGCUCUGGAGCAUCGGGCAUGCACUCAGCCUGGAGAAACUGUUUUAGUGACGGCAGCUGCUGGAGCCACCGGCCUUGCAGUGAUUGAUGUGGCAACGAAUAUUCUUCAGGCUAAGGUGAUAGCUGCUGUCGGAAGUGACGAGAAGUGCCAGCUUGUGAUGCAGAAGGGCGCGCAAUCCGUCGUGAACUAUAGUCAGGGUGGCCUGAAGGAGGCUGUGAGGAAGCUGGUGGGCAGUGUUGGGGUGAAUGUGGUCAUCGACACAGUGGGAGGAGAUGUCUUCCUGGAGGCACUCCGCAGCCUGGCGUGGGAGGGCAGGAUCGUGGUGGUGGGUUUUGCUGGAGGAACCAUUGCUUCUGUGCCCGCCAACCUUCUGCUCCUGAAGAAUGUCUCAGCCAUGGGGCUGUACUGGAGCCGAUACAAAGAGCAGAACUUUCCCAUCUUCUCCAGAACCCUGUCCUCGGCUCUUCAGUACUGCCAGCAAGGGCGCAUCCAGCCACACAUCGGAGCAGUUUUUAAGCUGGAGAAGGUCAAUGAUGCCUUCCUUCAUGUGAUACAGCGCAAAUCCACGGGCAAGGUGCUUAUCUCCCUUAAAUGAAUCCUCGCCUCAGCAGCAAACUCAGCAUGUCCAAAUCCAAAUUCAUCAUCUUUCCAAAAAACCUCAUUUCCCUCCUGUGUUUCUUUCUUUUUUUUUUCCCUCCUGUGUUUCUAAAGGUGUUACCACUUUCCUUAUUAAUCCAGGUUCAAAGUCUUUUAGAGUCACCUUUGAUUCUGUUUUCUUAUUCCUCGUAAUUAGUGUGACAUAUCCUUUAUUGUCCUAACUUGGAUGUCUGAAUGUGAAAGGAUGCUAUUUGUAAUUAAACCAGGGAAACCAGGGUCCCAGGCAAAGCAGGCUGUAUGGUCAUCCUGUUCAUAAUGCAUCAAUGGCCAGGUUCUGUCAUCCCAACCUCUAAGAGAAUCUCUCACAUCCAUAUCCUCUUUCCCAUUCUGCCUAAUUAUGUCUCAUUUGCUAAUUCCAGUAGCUUCCUAACUGGCUUUAAACUACCGCCCCACUCCUCCAUCUUUGUUAUACAUUGUUGCCAUGGUGACCUUCCCAAAGGACAGCUGUGACUGUUUUUUGACUCAAAACCUGCAAUGGCUUCCCAUUGCCUACAUGGUGGAGUUCAGACUCUUCGAACUAGCCUUUCUUUAUGCCCUUGAUUGUGCCUGCUCUGCCUCGCAGCCUUAUGUCACACAACACCUCGGCCUCUCUGUACACACUUACAGAAAUUCCUGCCAAUCUUCCUUUGCUCUGCUCAGGCGGUUUCCUCUACUUCCGUAUCUUUGUCAAACAUAAGCCCUCCUGACCUCCAAGGCUGGCCUGUCGCCUCAGGAGGGUGCUCAAUUCUUCCCUUCCACCUUCCUGUAGCUUUUCUCUCAGGAUUUGUCACAUUCUGUCUUGCACCAAAAGGAGCAGCUGGUCUAAUAGAAUGAACACAGGAUUCUGUAUCUAAGAUGUGGGUUUGAAUCCCAGUCUCACCACUUCAGAGGUGGUUACCGAAGCUCCACGAGCCUUCAUUUUCUCACUGGAAAGUAGAUAUUAUAGUAUCUACCUCAUAAUGUUGCCAUGAGCCAUACAUGCAGUGAUUGGGCAAAGUACCUGGUGUGUGGUAAUCUAUUAGCAAAUGCUAGUCACUUUUCCUUCUUUUUCUCCUCUCCCAAUGUAGCGUUAAGUUCCUUGAGAGUAGGUACUAUGUCUGAUUCACCUUUGUAUCUCCCACAAUACCUAGCACAGUGAGUUACCCUUAUUAAACACUCAAUAAAUUGAAUUAAUUUUAAA